AUGUUACAACGCAAUAUUUUACUCCGUGAUUCAUUGCGACUGGCAGUAACUGAUGAAAAAGCACAAAAGUAUCUUGACAAACAUAAUAAUAAAAAAGGAAUUGACUUAAAGGAAUUAGUAUUGAAUGAAACCUUUUGGAAAAAGACGGAUUUAAUUUUCAAACUUCUGAAACCUAUAUCAGAAGCCAUUUUGGAAUCAGAGAGUGAUGCAGCGUCAGUAUCUAUUGUUCCACAAGUCUUUUUUUAUGUAAUAACUGAGAUACCUGAUGUGUUGCAAAACUCAACACUUUUGACUUUACAUCAAAAAGAGGAUAUCAUUACUUGCAUUAAAAAGCGUGAAGACUUUGUUGUAAGACCGAUACACUUUGCAGCAAAUUUACUUGAUCCAAGGUUUGUUGGUCAAAAGUUAAAUCAUUCAGAAAUGCUUUUAGCUGAGCAGCAUGUAUUCAGAACAGCUGAAAGUGAAACACUAGCCGCUGAUAUAAUAUUGGAUGAAUUAAUGAGUUUCAAAGCUCGUAGUGGAAUAUUUAGCCAGGAUAAUCGCAGCUAUAUUUGGAAACUUAAUGAAGAUUGUAAUCCAGUCACAUGGUGGAAAGCAUAUGCACCAACAAUAUUAUUGAAUAGAAUUGCAUUAAUAUUAUUGUUUUGUAACUGCAGCAUUGCAUCUGUUGAGCGUGCAAACAAAGAGUUUUCAUUGCAAAAAUCUAAAGUAAGAAAUCGCCUAACCGAUACAAGAGCAUCAAAGCUUUUAUUUAUUGCUUAUAAUUUGAAAAUGCAGAAUAAAUUGGCUAAACCCAAAAAAAAUCACAGCUGCUUAUCAAUCGAUAAUGAUGAUGAUGAUGAUUAUGAUGAUAACGAAUACGAUAGUGAGUAUUUAAGUGAAGAUAGUAUUGACUUUCACAUACCAUGA